AUGGCUGCUUCCGAAGCGCACCCCCUAAUGGAACCACCAUUUCCAGCCACGCAUCAGCUCAACGCAGAAUUGGAUACUCCUCCACACGGAUCGGCCCACGGAGUUUCAACGCCAUAUUUACCAGGAUAUCCCCGUAUAUCACUCCAGAACCGAUGUGGAGCGCUGGACUUUCUCGAGAAAGAAUACUGCUCGGCGGACCUGGAUCGGAUGGCGGGCAGGCUCUGGUGGAUGUCAAAACAGGACAGCGCGAAUAUUUCCCCAUUCCAUCGACAACUCGUGAAAAGGCGAAGCAUCAUCGUGACCGAGGAUCCAAAAUUACAUCUAGUAUGGAUCUACGAUCGAAUUUUCGUGAAGCCGCUCCCCCGAUAUCUCACGUCAUACGCGUUUUGGCGAGACUAUCUGGGAAACGAUGCGGACGUUACAGCUCGGAGUCGUUAUAUUCAUAUUCGCAAAGCAGCUUUGGGCUAUCUCAGGACGUACUUCUAUCUCGUCAGAUCUGAAUCUGACUUCUACAUUGCUCAAGAUCCUAGUCUGCACCUCGUCCCCAUAGGCAUCACCUGGGAGCAGUUCUGCAACUUUACGACCGACCUGGCCAAGAUACCCGACCGGGACGUCUCCAGACGUUACGCCUACGGCGAGAUCAGACUGACUAGACUCAAUUUCUACGCCCCGCUCCUCCUCAGGAAGUCACACUUCCAACGCGUCGAGUAUCAGUACAGGGAAUAUUUUGCCCGCUUUUACGGUCCAGUCUUAUUUAUCAUCGGAAUUACAUCAAUUGUUUUGAGUGGACUACAGGUUGCCGUUGCCGUUGAAGAGGCUGAUCCUUUGCUGAAUGGUCGAGUGCUACUGGUCGUUGCUCUUUGGUACAAAGCUCCUGAGGAGCAUAUGUUUCCACAGAAUAAAGAGCUACCAGACGUUAUCUGGGCUUUCUCUCCCAAAGGAUGGACUGAUGAAGAGCUAGCUACUGAUUGGCUACAUCGAAUAUUCGUCCCACAGACAGCAAGGAAGGGCAAGCAUUCAAUUUUGAUACUUGACAACCACAAAAGCUAUACCACAGGCGAAUUUCAGUACUACUGCCUUGAAAACAACAUCCAUCCUCUCUAUUUACCUUCCCACGCUACCCACAAGCUCCAACCACUCGAUGUGGAUCCUUUUUCGCCUCUUACGACUGCGUACGGCCGCGCCGUUGAAGAAUACACUCCCACAGGCAUUGCCACGCUGAAUCGAAGCGUUUUUUCGCUUCUGUACGUUCAAGCCCGACAGACAGCAUUCACACAAAGGAACAUACGCGCAGGAUGGAAAAGAGCUGGCAUUUGGCCCAUAAAUAGACAAAAGCUGUUGGAUGACCCUGAAAUCAAGAAUUUCGGCCGUACAACGCCUGAAUAUCAGCCUGCGCCCGUCAAAGAGGGUCCUAAUCAUCUUCAUUCUACGCCAAAGAAGGCCAAUGAAAUUCGAGAGCUUCAAGCAACAAUUGAGGCCAAGGUCACUCCUCGUACACGGCGCUCCGUACGUAAGCUCAGCCACGCAGCUUUGCAAGAGCACGCCGGCGCUCAAUUGCUUCAAAACGAGCUCAACGACGUACGGCGACAGCUACAUCAUCAAGAGCUUAAAAAGCGCUCAAAGCGCAUGGCCAAAGAGAACGUGCAGCGUUCGUGGAACCUCGAACAGGUCAAGGCAGCCCGGGAAGGAAGGCCGCCCUCCCGCGUGCAAAUUACGCGCCGCACAGAGAAUUCCUUGCGCAUAGUGAUACUUUCUGACAAGCUUGAGUAA